AUGCCCUCAGGCCGCUACGGAGGUGGCUUCGGCGGCGGCUAUGGUGGUCGUCAGCAGACUUGCUACUCCUGUGGCGGUUUCGGCCACAUGGCCCGUGACUGCACUCAAGGCCAGAAAUGCUACAACUGCGGAGAGAAUGGCCACGUUUCGCGCGAUUGUCCCACAGAGGCUAAGGGUGAGCGGGUUUGCUACCACUGCAAGCAACCCGGCCACAUCCAGAGCGCGUGCCCCAACAACUAG